GCAGUAUAAUAUUACAGAACGUACUCGUCUCGUAUAAAAUUUCUAAAGGUGUAUCAAUCUUAAAACGGCUCUCUCGUACAUAAUAAAUCUAUGUAUGAGUUUUAUAGGAAUUACCUACAGAGAUAGGAAAGUCAAAAGUAAACUUGCACAAUUAAGAUAGGAUUGCCACCUUUUCUGGAAAAAAAUAUUGGCCUUGCUCAUUAGUAUAAAUGUGCAGGUAAAAAUCUGAAUUAGCGUUCUAAAUUAUUUUCUGGACUAUGUGGCAUUAUUUUACUUCAAAAAUUGGUAUGGAGGGUUGCCACCUCGGCCAUCUAUACUACAGUGUGUCCUCAUGAAUGAAAAGUAGAAAUUGUAUGCAGAAAAAAGGUUCUGGAUUCAUGAAAUAGUCUGCACGUAACUACAAAAUGCGCAUGCUCAUAACAAUGUGAACUAGUCGAAAGUAUCAACACUGGUUAAAGUACCAAAUUCAGAAAAACCACACAACGUAUGAGAGGAGUCUGGCGGCCAUUUGCAAUCAAUAUACAGCGCAGAAAGAAAUCAAAAUAACUUUUUAAUCCCAUAUGGAGGUCAGGCUGUAACAUGAUGAAAGAGGAUUACCGAGAGAUAUUGUUUACAAAUAGCAGGAACAAAGAUUAACCUGAGCUUGGACACAUUUCAAAUAACACUCGAGGCUGUAUCACAGAACAAAUACUAUUGUACAGAUGGAAGAAAAACAUAUAUUAAGUGUCAAUGAAGCAGAAAUAGAAGAAUAUAUUUAUUCAGAGGAAGACUUUGUCAUUCCAAGUCGUGCAUGGCAAGAAAUAAAUGAACAUGCAGAUGUUGAUAAACCAUUCCUUUCCAUCUUUGAUACACUUCUUCAAUCAAAAUGGGUUGAGAAAAUGAAGCAAGGUUUGUUUCGUUAUUCUCUAUGGAAGUUAGAAACCAAGAUUUUACCUGGUAAUAUCAAAUAUGUAGCACAGCUUAAUAUUCAGAGAGGACUAGACAGGAGGAAGCCAGAGGACAUUCAGAGCAUCCAGCAACAAUAUAACCCAAAACAGUUCAAUUUUAAUAAGAUCAAACCCGAAGAAGCCAUCUUUCAUUUAUUCAGAUCACCUUGUAAGAAUGGAUUCCAAGUCAAUACAAAAUGUGUAGAUCAAGGCCCUUUGACUAGUAAAUCUACACCAAGCGGCAUAUGCAGGUCUAGUAGCAUUUUAGUUGUGAUUAAUGUAAGUCCGCUUGAAUUUGGCCAUGUUUUAUUGAUACCUCACCCAUCUCUUUGUCUUCCUCAAAUACUAACUGAAGAUCUCAUGAGGUUUGGUUUGGAAUCAAUUCUUCUUAGUGCCCACCCAGGAUUUAGAGUUGGAUUUAACAGCCUUGGGGGAUUUGCCUCAGUAAACCAUUUGCAUCUGCAUGGCUUUUACCUGAAUCAAGAACUUUUAAUAGAGUCUUCAGAAAGCAAACCAUUGUGCCCAAAAAUAAACUUCCACCAACUCACUAAUUUUCCUGCUCCUGGCUUCUUAUUUUACACUAAUGGAAAGGAUUUGCAUUCUGUGGCUCAACGUGUUUGCAAAGUAACCAACUACUUUGUUGCCAAGAACAUAGCACAUAAUGUGUUUGCGACUAGAGGCAGGGAGCCUGGAAAUAUAGGCUCUUCUGAAUGUAGAGAAGGUAUCAGGGUUAUCAUCUGGGCAAGAAAGUCAUGCUUUGGGGCUAAAGAAGAAUCAGCAUUUAAUGUGGCACUUUGUGAGCUUGCAGGGCACCUUCCAUUUAAAAACCAAGAAGAUUUUAACAGUAUUACAGAAGAUGACGUAAUCGGUAUCAUCAAAAAAUACCUUCUGCCAGACAAUGAAUUUGUCCAGCUUUCUUCAGAUUUAAUAGCACAUAUUACAAAUGGGCUUUAAACAUGUGACUAAACAAGAUCAUGUGUUUUAAUUUCUUUUCAUGCUCACCGUUCCUAUUCUGUUAUUGUGGGUUGUCUUCUCCAAAUAAAUGUAAAAUAUUUUUUAAAAUGGA